ACUACAUACAAAGUUUUAAAUCCAUGAAGAAUGUUGUUCAACACGAUGCGGUUGGCAUUCCACAGGAAUACAUUGCCAUCCCACUUAUUAUUGAACUAGUUUAUUCACUUAUGACUGUAACAACAAAAGGUAUUAGCAUGCCCUUCAAAAAAAUUCCAAUAAACUUUGUGAGCAUUGAUUUAUCAGGAAACAAAUUUGAAGGAGAGAUUCCAAAAGUAAUUGGAGAGCUUCAAGCACUCACAGGACUUAACCUCUCCCACAACAGACUCAGGGGUCCUAUUCCCCAAUCCAUGGGAAAUUUGACAAUGUUGGAAUCUUUGGAUCUCUCUUCAAAUAUGCUCACCGGUAGGAUUCCUGCAGAAUUCCUGAAUAUGAAGUUUCUUGAAGUACUUAAUCUUUCCUAUAAUCAUCUUGUGGGCGAAAUACCCAAAGGAAAGCAAUUUUGUUCUUUUUCGAAUGAUUCCUAUAAGGGAAACUUGGGCCUGUGUGGGGAUCCAUUGACAAUGAAAUGCGGCCAGAAGCAUGAUGAAGAUCCUCCACCCUCACAAAGCUUGCAGAGAGAAGAGAGAUUUGGAUUUGGUUGGAAAACAGUGGCUAUAGGAUACGGUUGUGGAACAGUAUUUGGAGUGGGGAUUGGAAGUUUUAUAUUUUUCAUGGGAAAGCCAAAAUCGGUUGUGAGAAUAGAAUUUUGUGUGUAUAAUACUAUGUCACUUGUGCUAUGUAAUGUUCUCUUGCAGGCUUCUCCAGAUCAGAGUGCAUUGGAUACAGACAUUCCUUAUCAAAUUGCAUCAUUUGCCUUCAUUAUGAUCCAACUUUUUGGAAUUAUAGCAGUGAUGUCUCAGGCUGCAUGGCAAGUUUUCCUUGUCUUUAUUCCUGUAGUCACAAUGAGCAUCUGGUAUCCGCAAAAUUAUAUUCCAUCAGCUCGAGAACUGUCACGUUUAGUUGGAGUCUGCAAAGCACCAAUCAUUCAACACUUUUCUGAAACAAUUUCUGGUACCUCAACCAUUAGAAGCUUUGAUCAGCAAUCGAGAUUUCAGGAAACAAAUAUGAAACUGAGUGAUGGGUAUUCUCGGCCAAAGUUCAACAUUGCUGGUGCCAUGGAAUGGUUGUGCUUCCGCUUAGACAUGUUGUCUCUUAUCACUUUUGUCUUUUCCUUAAUAUUUUUAAUAUCUAUUCCAGUGGGAUUGAUAGAUCCAGGCCUUGCUGGUUUAGCGGUUACGUAUGGACUAAAUUUGAACGAGAUACAAGCUUGGAUGAUAUGGAAUCUCUGGAAUAUGGAGAAUAAAAUUAUAUCAGUGGAAAGAAUACUUCAGUAUACUUGUAUUCCUAGUGAGCCUCCCCUUGUUAUAGAUGAAAAUCGGCCAGAUCCUUCUUGGCCCUCAAAUGGCGAGGUUGAUAUACAAGAUUUGCAGGUUCGCUAUGCUCCACAUCUUCCACUUGUGUUGUGUGGCCUUACGUGCAAAUUCCACGGAGGACUGAAAACUGGCAUUGUUGGGAGAACAGGAAGUGGUAAAUCCACUCUCAUACAAACGCUUUUCCGAGUUGUUGAGCCUGCUGCAGGGCAAAUUAUGAUCGACAACAUCAACAUCUCUUCGAUUGGACUUCAUGAUUUGAGGUCUAGACUAAGCAUUAUUCCUCAGGAUCCUACCAUGUUUGAAGGGACAAUAAGAAAUAAUCUGGACCCUCUUGAAGAAUACACUGAUGAUCAAAUUUGGGAGGCCUUGGAUAAAUGUCAACUUGGAGACGAAGUUAGAAAGAAAGAAGGAAAGCUUGACUCCAAAGUUAGUGAGAAUUGUGAGAAUUGGAGUAUGGGUCAGAGACAGUUGGUCUGCCUUGGUAGGGUACUGCUUAAGAAAAGCAAGGUUUUGGUUCUUGAUGAAGCCACUGCAUCAGUCGAUACAGCUACGGAUAAUUUGAUUCAGAAAACUCUUAGGAAACAUUUUGCUGACUCCACAGUUAUUACCAUUGCACACAGAAUAACUUCAGUUCUUGACAGUGAUAUGGUUCUGCUUCUUAGUCAAGGACUUAUUGAGGAGUAUGACUCCCCAACAAGGUUGCUGGAGAACAAGUCAUCAUCUUUUGCUCAGCUUGUUGCUGAGUAUACCAUGAGGUCCAAGUCCAGUUUUGAGAAAUCCGAUGGUCACUGAUAGAAAUUGAAACAAAAAAGCUUCUAGAUAAUGAUGAAAAUGUGGAGGGUUACAUGAAUUGUGAUUUUUGUAUGGAAAAUGUACUUCCACCCAACAAAUAGAAUGAUGCAUAUCAAGUUACAAAAAGAUUCUAAAUGCGUCGUAUAAAUUGACCAUGAUAUUUGGUAAUGGUAUAGUAAGCUCUUAUGUUA